AUGCUUUAUACAGACCAGCACAUCUCCGCACCCUCAGGACGUCGACAACCGCCUACCAAUCAACCUUCUGCCGCUCCCAAACCCACUCCUUCUCCAGCUCCAGCUACCGCGCCAGCGCCUAAAAACCCACUCGCCGUCCAAAACAUCGCCAAAACCGGCCUCGACGACAAACCCGCCGAGAUCGAACUAGACAACAAUGGCAACACACCAAGCAACGGACAUAUAGACUGGACGCGUUCCUACCAUGGCCUCAGCGCCGAACCCUUCUCCAAGGAGGCGGCAGACAUCCUUCUACAGCCCCUCGACCCGGGAGACGUCGAGAUCAAACCCGAUGGAAUCGUGUACUUGCCGGAGAUCAAGUACCGGCGGAUAUUAAACAAGGCCUUUGGGCCCGGGGGAUGGGGCCUGGUGCCACGAAGCGAAAGUAUCGUCACGGCGAAGACGGUCACGAGGGAAUAUGCGCUCGUGGCGCAUGGGCGCCUCGUCUCCAUCGCUCGUGGCGAGCAAGACUACUUCAACGCGGACGGCAUUCCGACCGCCACGGAAGGAUGCAAAUCCAACGCCAUGAUGCGUUGCUGCAAAGACCUUGGGGUGGCCAGCGAGCUCUGGGACCCACGCUGGAUCCGCCAGUUCAAGAAACAGAAUGCCAAGGACGUUUUUGUCGAGCACGCCGUGACAAAGCGCAAGUCGAAGAUCUGGAUUAGAAAGGAUGACGAGAUACCCUAUCCGUGGAAGGCUACGAGAUAG